UGGAGGGGGGUCACGACCCCCUGGAUCCACCCUACAUAAAAUACAUAAAAUGCAAAUGCAAUAGAUAAGUUAACGUUGGAAACACCACAAUACAUAUAUUUUUAUGUAUACUAAAUUACGCAUAACAAUUGCAGCAAUUUGUUUGUUUGCAAUAGUUCGUCAAGGUAGAAAGCGUUAGUUGAAUACAACGAGAAAACAUUAUUCAUGAUAUAAUCCGGUUCUUGUUCUAAAACAGGUUUUCGUCGUCAAACGCUCUUGUUACAUAAAUAAUCAAGUUAAAAAGUCACUGUUGAAGCAGUCUGCGUGUUGAACAGUCUCCAUACUAAUAUGGGUGCCUUUGUUUUGCUCUUGCUGGCCGUGGCUGUUUUUGCAGUAAAUGCGGCAAACAACAGCAACCCGGUGGUCAAGGCGUUUACUGAAAACCAGCUCGUUCCCGACAUCCUGCCCCAAGCUCCAGACGCGCUUCUGGAUGUGGAAUACAAAAAAAGCGGAAAAGUCGUCAGCUUGGGGAACGAAAUUGCUCCGGUGGAUGUAAGAGAAGCGCCGCAAGUAACGUUCAAAGCCGAUGCCAAAGACUUCUAUACGCUGCAAUUCGUCGAUCCGGAUGCCCCCAGCAGAACAAACGCCACCAAGCGAUCAGUCAACCAUUGGCUAGUGGUGAAUAUUCCUGCAUCCGAUGUCUCGAAGGGUCAAACCCUCACAGAAUAUCUGGGUUCAGGGCCGCCCAAGGGCUCUGGACUGCAUCGCUACAUUUUCCUGCUGUACAAACAGCCAGGCAGGUUGACUUUUGAUGAGAAGCUUAUCAGCAGCAAGGAACUCACUGGCCGGCCUUUACAUUCGGCCCAAAAGUUCGCGGAGAAGUACAAGCUGGAGUUGCAAGCCGGCAACUUUUAUCAGGCUCAAUAUGACGACUCUGUGCUCGAGCUGCAGAAGAGACUCAACAUUGCACCUGCUCCUGUAUAAGUAUGCACCUGCAUUUACCUAUAGUAUAAAGUUAUGCGCAAUUCAGCUUGCACAAACAAGCAGUGGUAUCUGAAAUUGGAAUAUAUCCAGUAAUAACCGGAAAGCA